AUGGAUCACCUCCGUGACUCCCUACUAAGCUCUCUGCCCAGAGACAGCCCUUCUACCGCAGCAAACGACCACGCUCGCAGAGACCAAGAAGACACCCGACAGGCCGUCGCACGUGGUGAAUACCAAGAAGUUCGAGACAUAGCCUUCAGCAACCGGACCUGGGUAGUGACCAGCCGAUACUGCGACAUCGGAGAUGGCGUUGACUCUCUCGAGAAUCACAUCCAUUCCCUAUGGUACAUGUAUUACGAGCUUGGGCGAACUAUCCCCUCCGACUCACGUGAGCACGAAGGGCUAGUCCUCGACAUCCUCCGCAUCCAGGGAAUGGGUCCAUUGACAAGACCCUCACGGGGUGUCAAAGGGAUCGAUAUCGCACGAACUGUCGAUGGUACAUUGUGGAACGACCUCCCCUUCCUUGUUGGCGAUAUGACCGAUUUCUGGAUCAAUCACAGUGCAUCUAUGUCGGGAACACACCGGCUUAACUUGGCUACAUUCCUGGCUAAACUUGCCUCUACGCGUGUCACUAAGGAUAGGCUGUGCCAAGUUGCUCUUUUGAUCUUUCGCUCUCUGUUUGAGAGUCCCUUGCAACUUCGCUCGGGUGACGUGUCAGACGAGGAAGAUGUCAAUCGAGGUACGAAGCAGCUGGAGGUGUUCCAUCUAUUACCAUCUGCUGUUGCUUGGCUGAAAAUAGCAAACCACAACCUGCUUCUCCUCUCUGAGGUAUAUUGGAACGACUGUCCAAGCCACAUCAGCAAGGGUGGUGAAACGUUCGUUGAAUCUGAUCUCGGACAGCGGUCACCUACAGGGUUCUCGCCAUGGAGAUACAUGUUCUGGCUGAGGCGACUGCAUGAGAUUCAGGAUGAGGCUAAGCAGGCGGAUGAGAAAUCUUUGGAGGAGCUCGCUGCUGAUGGUAUCCAGUACAUGGUCAAUACAAUCAAGGAUAGGAAUUCUGAGGUUCUCAGAGCAUAUAAGAACGGGGGAGAUGCCUUGCAUCAGGAUAAGUACCUUUCUUGUCUGAAGACCCUUGCUCGCGUUGGAGAGUAAGGGCUGUGGAGAUUUGCAAGGUGUAUAUGGAGAGAAUGUCCCUUCGGUCUUUUGG